AUGAGUGAGUGCACCAAACUUACAUUUUUAAACUAUGCAAUAUUUCAUAAAUGCAAGUACCUCCGAUCCGUUCAACUCCCACCAAAUUUGUUAAGAAUUGGUUCUGCUUGCUUCCAAGAUACAACAAGUUUGACAAAAAUUGAUUUACCUAAUUCUGUGACAACCAUUGACGGAUGGACUAGUAUUGGAAGAGUUUUUGGUAAUAGUGCUCUGAGUCAAAUAAACAUAAAUGUCGAUUCUAAUUUGAAUUAUCUUGGAGGAGAUGCUUUCACUAGCUGUAAAUUAACUUUCUUUUUUAUCCCAUGGAAAUUAACCAAACUUGAAGCCUCGUGUUUUGCAGGUUGUCCAUUGAAUGAAAUAGUUAUUGAUGAGAGAAAUACUGCCUUCAAGACAGACGGAAAGAUUAUUUAUACUGGCACCAACAACAAUACUUUAUUAUUCAUUUCAUCUACAAAAACCGGAUCCUAUACUGUUCCUUCAUAUGUUAGCACUGUUGGAACUGCUGCUAUCAGAGGUGGAAAACUUAGUGAAAUCAUUAUGCCUGAAAAUGUGAAAACUCUAAAUGCUUGGUGCCUUUCAGGAAAUCCUAUUACUACAUUUACAUUCCCAAGUGGAGUUACAACAGUACCAGGAUCAAUGUUUUAUGGAUGCGAAAAUCUGAUAACAGUUUACUUCACUAAUAAAAUCACUAAAAUUUUGUAUAGAGCAUUUUAUAAUUGCGUACUUCUAAAAAAUGUUGAAUUACCAUCAAACCUAACAGAGCUAGGAAGCGAAGCUUUCUAUAACUGCAUAUCAUUGAAAAGUAUUUCAUUGCCGGAAAGUUUAGAGACACUUGGAGAUGGAGUUUUCUUAUUGACUAGGGGUCUCACUAUUAGCUUGCAGAAUCCAAAUUUAGUUAUUGAUGAUUUUACGAUGUAUAGAGAUAACAAUCAGACUUUAUUUACUUACUUGGGCUCCAACCAAAACUAUAACAUCACUGUUAAAUCAAGCUGCACGCUUAUUGCGCCUAAAACAUUUUUGCAGAAAAAGCUUCAAAAUGUCUACUUCAGUAACAAUGAAAAUAUGACUAUUGGUGCUUAUGCUUUCGAUUCUUCAUUAAUAAAAUCAAUUGUCAUGCCACCAGGUUUGAACACCAUUGAAUCAUAUGCCCUCCAAAAUUGUAAGAUUCUUGAGAAUGUCACAUUCCUUGGUAACCAAUUAAAGUCAAUUCCAGAAUAUUGUUUUUAUAAGAACUCAAAUCUAAAAUAUAUAAAAUUACCCACAUCAAUUGAAAGCAUAGGUAACUAUGCAUUCCAAGAGUGUCCUCUGCUUGGUGAUAUCGGAAUCUCGUCGCUGAAUUUAUUGACGUCUAUUGGUAUUUCGGCGUUCAAAUCAAGUGGUCUCACAACUGCAAAUCUUUCUCCAUCUGUUAGGACUAUAGGUUCAAGUGCUUUCAGUGGAAGCAGUAUCACUAGCUUAACAAUUAGCUGUGAUAUCCCUCAGUAUAUGUGCCAGUUUUGCACAUCUUUAACUACACUAGAAAUGCAGGCAGGAAUUGUAGAGAUCAAUAUUUAUGCUUUCAGUGGUUGCACUUCAUUAAUUGGAUUUACUAUUCCUACUAAUUUGCAGACUAUUGGAAGUUUCUCUUUCCAAAACUGUGAAGUUCUUGAAAAUGUAAAUAUGGCAACAAAUGGAAAUCUCAACAGUGUUGCUGGAGGAAGCUUCCAAGGAUGCUAUAAACUCAAAGAGAUCCAUCUUUCUCCAAUGGAAGAAAAUUUUUCAUUUUAUAAUGGUGCUUUGAUGAAUUUCAAUCAAACACAAUUAAUUGUCUUCAUUCCAUACAGUGAUAUCAAAAACUUUGUUGUACCUAGUGAGAUGGAAGUUAUUGGUAGUAAUGCAUUCAUGGGAAGUCCAAAACUCAUGCGUGUAUUCUUCAGUGGAAAUAGAAUCAAUAGAAUCAACUACCAAGCAUUCAAAGAUUGUAGUAAUCUUAACCUUGUGUUUUUUGCAUCAUCUAAGAUUGAAGUUACAUUUGGAACAGAAGUUUUCUUAGGUUGCAAUAAUUUGAAGAAAUGUGGAUCAUUCUCAGUUCCACCCUCAGUUAAAACAACUCUUUUGGAACAAGGAAUUCCGAGUAUUGCUUUUAAAGAUGACUGCGAAACAUCAGUUACUUGCAAGAUUCGGCCCGAUUUCAAGAUAUCAUCUGCAUAUUUAUUCCCAUUUAUAACUAUGAAUGUAUAA